CAGAACGACGGUGUUUGGGGGCGCAGGCACACGAGAUUCAUGCGAGAUGGAAACAAGAUAAAUAACACGGCUCCCCCUCAACCAUGGAGUCCGGUCUCAUCACCAAGGUCAACACUUCAUCCAAAACCCCAUCUCCGGUUCAGAUCUCAUCAAGAUGCAUUUCUCCGUCGCUCUCCUGGCGCUUCUGCCCGCUGCUCUCGCGGCCCCCGCCGCCGAGCCCAUCCAAAAGCGCGCCCCCAUCGUCGCGGCCAGGGCCGGCCGGAUCGUCCCUAACAAGUACCUCAUCAAGCUGAGGGAUGGUGUCAGCGACGACGCCCUCGAGGCCGCCAUUGGCAAGCUUGGCAAGGCCAAGGCGGACCACGUCUACCGCGGCAAGAAGUUCAGGGGCUUCGCUGGCGAGCUCGAGGCUGCCAUUCUGGACGAGAUCCGCCUUCUCCCCGAGGUCGAGUACGUCGAGGAGGACGCUAUCUUCACCAUCAACGAGUACGUCUCUCAGAGCCGCGCCCCUUGGGGUAUCGCCCGCAUCUCGCAGCAGGGCCCGGGCUCCUCCACCUACGUCUACGACAGCAGCGCUGGUGAGGGCACUUGCUCUUACGUGGUCGACACCGGUAUCGACACCGACCACUCGGACUUUGAGGGCCGUGCUACCUUCGCCGGCAACUUUGUCGACAGCGACGACACGGACGGAAACGGCCACGGCACCCACGUUGCCGGUACCAUCGGCUCCUCCACCUAUGGUGUUGCUAAGAAGACCAGCCUCUUCGCCGUCAAGGUUCUCGAUUCCGAGGGCUCCGGCAGCACGUCCGGUGUCGUUGCCGGCAUCGAAUUCGUUGCCUCUGACGCCGCCAAGCGCAGCUGCCCCAACGGCGUUGUCGCCAACAUGUCCCUUGGCGGUGGCUACUCGGCCUCUAUCAACCGCGCCGCGGCCGCUCUCGUCGACGCUGGUGUCUUCCUCGCCGUCGCCGCCGGCAACGACAACGCCAACGCUGCCAACUACUCGCCCGCCUCUGAGUCAUCUGUCUGCACCGUUGGUGCCACCGACAGCCGCGACCGCAAGGCCAGCUACUCCAACUACGGCAGCGUCGUCGACAUCCUCGCCCCCGGCAGCGACAUCCUGAGCACCUGGAUCGGCGGCCGCACCAACACCAUCUCCGGCACCUCGAUGGCCUCCCCCCACAUUGCCGGCCUCGGCGCCUACCUCCUGGCCCUCGAGGGCUCCAAGUCCCCCGCUGAGCUCUGCAACUACAUCAAGACCUCUGCCAUCUCGGGCGCCAUCAGCGGCUUCCCCAGCGGCACCACCGACCGCCUCGCCUUCAACGGCAACCCGUCGGCCUAAAUCCCGAUACUGGGAUGAGAGACACUACCUACCUAGGUGCCUAGGUACCUACCUAAUACCAAACCGGGAUUGGGGGCAGUCAGGGAGGGGCUGCAGGAUGAUGUGAUGGCCUUGGAGAGACGGACCUUUGGGAAGGGUACCGUAUGACUG